AUGCCGAUCACCGCGUACAAAGGAGUCGUCGUACACUCGCUCGCCCUCGGACGCCUCGAGAUGCUGAAUCCGGGCCUCAUUGGCGUGAAUGAGCACGGCACGAUUGAGUUCGUGGUGGAUUUGGCAACGCAGUCCCUUGAUACCGUCGUGUUCGACAAGCUCAUCGACUACAAAGAAAAUCUCCUCGUUCCUGGGUUCAUCGAUGGGCAUGCCCACGCUCCCCAGUACUCUUUCUUGGGUGUGGGCAUGCACCUUCCACUCUUGAACUGGUACGUUCAUGACUCUUGGACUCACGUGUCAUCACAAGGAUGCAGGUUGCACACAUACACGUUCCCUCACGAAUCGAAAUUCUCCGACCCAACAUAUGCAAAGCACAUGUACACGAAAGCUGUGUCGCGCCAUGUCCUCAACGGCACAACGACGUGCUCGUACUUUGCCACGAUUCACUUGGAAGCAUGCAAAGUCCUUGCCGACAUCGUGCACGACAUUGGACAACGCGGGUACCUCGGAAAAGUCAACAUGGACCGGAACGCGACGCCAGAGUUGACGGAAACGACACACGGAUCCCUGGCCGACACCAAGUCGUUCAUCGAGUAUGUAGCCACCAAGAAGAACUCGCUCCUUACACCUGUGAUCACGCCCCGAUUUGUACCGAGCACGACGUCGGCCCUCAUGACUGGUCUUGCCGCCCUCGCUGACACAUACACGCUACCAAUCCAGUCGCAUCUGUCGGAAAACUCCAAGGAAAUCGAAUGGGUGCGGGACUUGCACCCCGAUUGUUCGAGCUAUGCCGAGGUAUACGAUCGCCAUGGACUCCUCAACGAACGCGCGUACAUGGCCCACUGCAUCUGGUGCACGCCGGACGAGCGAUCCCUGCUGAAAUCCCGUGGCGCGAGCAUGAUUCAUUGUCCAAACUCCAACUUUUCGCUGACGAGCGGCGUCCUCAACGUCCGCCAGCUCCUCGAUGAAGGUGUCAAGGUCGGCCUUGGAACAGACGUGGCGGCCGGGUACUCGACGUCCAUGCUCGACGCGAUUCGCCAUGCCGUGAUUGCGUCCAAAGUGACGUCGCUCACGUCUCCGUCGCACGCCCCCUUGUCGUACGCGGAAGUGUUUCACUUGGCGACCGUCGGCAGCGCCGACUGCCUUGGGCUGAGCGACGUUGUGGGCAACUUUGUCAAGGGCAAGGAGCUCGACAUGCUGGUCGUGGACCUGAACUCGGCCAACAGCCCCAUCGAUUCGCACGCGCACGACGACGUGAGCAGCCAAUUUCAAAAGUUCCUCUUUCUCGGCGACGAUCGCAACAUCACAGACGUGUACGUCCGCGGGCGGCGCGUGAAUUUGACGGCACACGAUGCGGCUCAAGCGGCUGAUUCAUCCAAGUCAAUUCGUUGUGCUCGCACCACGGAUGCCACAAGUACAGAUCGUUGA